AGGUAGAAAAAGCGGCGGUGCAGCGUUGUAAGAACCAUCACAUUAAUUACAUACUUAACCAAAAAGAGGGUAGUUUAGUAAAUUUGAAAGAACUGCGCUCAUCUGCUCUGUACCUGCAAAAUUAAAGAAGGGGAUUGUAGUUGUGUGAAAGAGAAGAAGAAUGAACAAGAUUAAAAAUCAGCAGAAUUCCGUAUUCCUCGCAUAAUUCUUCUCAAAAUUCAAAAAAUUUAAAAAAAAAAAAAAAGUCUUUUUGUUGCUAUUAAAAUUCCUUCUUCUCCUGAUCCAAGAUUUCUCUUUUCUUUAUCUUUACUCUACGAAUAAGCUCGCGGCCAAUAACACCUGAAUAAAACGUCUCCGUUUUUAUCGCACGCUUCCAUUCCGGAAAAAUCUUACGACUUUCUUCAGGUCCAUUCCAGAUUUUUCAAUUUUUUCUUAUACUUUUUUCUCUUUUUCCUCGGGAUUUCAAAUCCAUUGAAAACGAAUUGCAAAGAUUUUCGAGCUUUUUUCUUUUUCUUCUUCUUCUUUCUUUUCUCUUUUUCUUAUGGUUUUGUUCCUGGAGGAUCUUUAAGGAGUUAAUAACUCUGUUGUUAAUGCAGUAAUAUUGACUUACUUUUGGAUGAUUGAAGAAUAUAGGUUGCGGAUUUUGCAUUGUUUCUACGUGUUAAUUUUGAUCGUGGAAUUCAAGAUUGCAGCUGCCAGCGAGUUGAUUGAUUAAAUAUUCCAGUAUUUUGUUUGUGCUUUGUUGGUCAUUUUUCACAAGUGGGUUUCAACUAAGGAAAUCCAUUAUUAUUAGUGUUGAAUAUUAAGGUUUUAUUUUAGAUUUUCAAUUCCACAUGUACUAUAUUUCCUUAUAGAGUCUACUCAAUCUGGAAAGUAAAAAGAAAGAAAGCCAUGACUCUGGAUUCACCAAAGGGAGUACUUGGAUUUGUGGCAUUCCCACGGUCACUUUCUUCAAUGGCUGUCUCAGUAGGGGGCCUAGCCAUUUUCUUGAUUCUUGCUUCUUUGCUUCUUGUUUCUUACCCCAUAGGUUCCACGGUUCAUGGGUAUUUUUACGGUGUUGAUAAUAGUUCUAAUGAUAAAUUGGUGUUGCCUGUCUUUCCUGAUAAUACCAAAAAUAUCCUUGAUAGUAAUGAAGAUUUGAUUAGUAAGAAUUCUCCUUCUGGAUCUAGUUUAGAAGUACCUAUUAGUUCUAGUGGUGUUAAUGAUAGCGUAGAGGUCAGUGAUAAGAAUUCUGAGCCUAAUCUGCAACUUAAAGAGCAGGCUGAGGAGAAGAGUAGUUCAGUUGCUUCCGGUGCUAAAGAAAAUGCCUUGUCUGAUACUUCUGGCAUUGUAGAUAAAGAAUUAGAAGAAAAUAUCCCAGUUAUUGCUUCUCCAGAUUCCAAGUCAGAGGCUAAUUCACUUAUUUCUGACGUCUCCAGCAAUGUAACCAAGACUACUUCUGAUGAUUCAGAUUGUGAUCUGUACCAUGGGAGUUGGUUUUAUGAUUCUCUAGGACCAUUAUAUACAAACAACACAUGCCCAGUCCUGACACAGAUGCAGAACUGCCAGGGGAAUGGGAGGCCUGAUAAGGAAUAUGAGAACUGGCGUUGGAAGCCCUCUCAAUGUGAGCUUCCACGAUUUGAUGCCAAGAAGUUUCUGGAAUUGAUGAGAGGCAAGACUCUAGCUUUCAUUGGUGAUUCUGUUGCUCGGAACCAGAUGGAAUCAAUGUUGUGCCUUCUCUGGCAGGUAGAAGUUCCAAAAAACCGGGGAAACAAAAGAAUGCAACGGUAUUUCUUCAGGUCAACGUCUACCAUGAUUGUUCGAAUAUGGUCGUCUUGGCUUGUCCAUAAAUCAUCGGAGCCAAUUGACUUUGCUCCAGAGGGUGUUGUCAAGCUCCACCUUGAUGCCCCAGAUGAGGAUUUCAUGGAAUACAUCCGAAAUUUUGAUGUGAUAGUUCUUUCAUCUGGCCAUUGGUUUGCCAAGCAAUCAGUCUAUGUCUUGAACAAUGAGAUUGUGGGAGGACAGUUGUGGUGGCCAGACAAGUCUCAUCCAAUGAAGAUUAAUAAUGUUGAAGCAUUUGGGAUAUCUACAGAGACAAUUCUCACUUCUAUUGUUACCCAUCCAAAUUACACCGGACUGACCAUUCUGCGGUCUUAUUCACCUGAUCAUUAUGAAGGUGGGGCCUGGAAUACUGGAGGAUCAUGCACUGGGAAGGUGAAACCUCUUGCACCGGGAGAAUUGGUGGAAAAUGGAUUUACGGAAAUAAUGCAUGCGAAGCAGGUAACAGCUUUUGAUCGUGCGUUUAAGAAGGCAACGAAUAAAUCAAAGUUGAGGUUGUUGGAUAUCACGGAACCUUUUGGUUAUCGUCACGAUGGGCAUCCAGGUCCAUACCGCAGCCCUGAUCCAAAUAAAAUCACAAAACGUGGACCAGAUGGAAGGCCCCCACCGCAGGAUUGUUUACACUGGUGCAUGCCUGGUCCAGUUGACACCUGGAAUGAGUUUGUGCUUGAAACAAUAAGGAGAGAAUUCGAGACCAAAGAAAGCUCUUCAUCUUGAGAUUAUUUUGUUUUUGUUGCUUAAUAGCCUUCAGACAUUUGAUUCCGCAAUUGAAAAUAUAGCUUGUCUAGUGAGGUUCGAUUUAUUGUAGAUUCAAAGGUUAGCCUAGUUCCUUAUGUUUUUUAAAAUUUUUCAGGAGGGGGAUUGUGGAGAUGGCAUCUGUUGCAAUGUCUCGGGAAACAGUGGGUAGGUGGUGUAUGUAGUCCUCCAUUUUUUAUUUUUUUGGUUCAAAUAUCAGGAUGCAGUUAAUAUUUACUUGUAGAGAAAAUAGUGAUAUUUAUUCAUUAGUGUUCUUCCAUAAUUUUAUAAAGAAUAAAAAGUUUUCUUGGA